AUGUCAGACACCACCCCAGACCUAUCCGCAGGCCCAUCCGCCUUCCCCCUCCAGAAGCCCUCCACCCCAGAAAAGGUGGCACAGUACAAAACCUGGCAAGAAGCGAAGCUAAACGGCGUGGAAGUCAUGCUCGGCGGCGAGAAGAAACUCCGCCUAGACUCGGCGUCGUCAAGUGACUCGGAAUCCAACGUCUACGACUACGCGUGGCCCACUAGCCCAGAAGACGACAAGUUCGUGCGUGCGCUCCUCCAGACCGGCGACGACGCGGACUUUGAGUCACCCUCGACAUGGGUCGUCGCGCCGCAGUACAAGUGCCUAGGGUGCGGCAAGCUGUCCGGGUUCGCCGACUCGGUGUACACGGCGCUCGUCGACCAGGUCCACACUGCCGAGUUCAUGAUCGCUGCCGUCAAGAAGGGCGAGCCGAAUAAGGCGCCUUCUCGCUACGUCAAGUGCGCAGGCUGCGGUUGCCCAUCGCCGUACCCAAUGGGCUGGGCGAGCGGUUUCGGCUGGACGCACAACGCCGAAAAGCAGGAUGCGGCCUGA